AUGAGGACAAAGACUUACAACUUCCAGUGUAUUAUAGCAUCUGUCUUUACUCUUCUCAUCAGCAGCUCAUCAGCAGCAACACCUCCUAACAAAAAUUCUUCAACUUCUUGUAAUAGAACAUGUGGAGGAAUCUCGAUUCCGUUCCCUUUCGGGAUCGGGAAGGAUUGUUAUCUCAACAGCUGGUAUGAGGUUGUCUGCAACAGCACCACUUCAGGAUCCCGCACAAACGUUCCCUUCCUCACUAGGAUUAACAGAGAAGUGGUGAACAUCUCUCUUCCAGAAAUAUUCGACCAACAUGGACUAGUUUAUAUCAAAAAUCACGUCACUUCGUUGGGUUGUUCUACUAAUAUUAGUCAAGGAUCCCAAAAGUCACUCCAGAGUUUCAAUGUCACAGGUCAAGGUAGUCCAUAUUUCCUCACUGACAAGAACCGCCUCGUGGCGGUUGGUUGUGGUACUAAGGCGCUGAUGACGGAUAUUGAAUCAGAGAUCUUGGGUUGUGAGUCGAGCUGCGAAAACAGCAAGAGUGGUGAACAAGUAACAAACUCGAUCUGUGAUGGUUACGGAUGCUGCCAAGCAAGGAUACCGUCGGAGCGUCCUCAGGUUAUAAGCGUCAAUGCAGAAAGCUCAGGCGAAGGAGAAGGAAGGUGCAAGGUUGCGUUCUUGACGAGCGCAAGGUAUUCGCCUUUGAAUGUUACAGAGGCAGAACAGUUUCAUAGCAACGGAUACGUGGUGGUAGAGUUAGGAUGGUACUUUUCCACUUCGGACUCUCGCUUUAGGAACCCCUUGGGUUGCGCGAAUUUGACCAGCGUUGGUGAUUACUUCUCAGAUAAUAAUUGCAGUUGCGAGUAUGAUUACUUUUCCGGUAUGAGUUAUAGGAAUUGCUAUUGCAACUCUGGCUACGCAGGGAACCCAUACCUUCGAGGUGGCUGCAUAGAAACUGAUUUAUGUCAAGGACGUCAUAGAUGUGGGGAAGAGUCGUAUUGUGUUAACAUGCCUGGACCAUCAUACACGUGUACGCCUAAGCCCAGUAUAAACAAGCCUGCCAAAAUCCACAUGAUUCAAGGUAUUGUUAUAGGUUUGUCUGGAUUAUUGUUUUUUGUUGGGAUAUUCUGGCUGUUUAAAUUCGUUAAGAAGCGAAGAAGGAUCGUGCAAAGCAAGAAGUUCUUCAAACGAAAUGGAGGCUUGUUGUUGAAUCAACAAAUAACUACAAAGGAUGGAAAUGUAGAGAUGUCAAAGAUAUUCAGUUCAAAAGAGUUGAAAAAAGCCACUGAUAACUUUAGUGUGAAGAGAUUUCUUGGGCAAGGUGGUCAAGGCACUGUGUACAAGGGAAUGCUAGUAGACGGGAGGAUUGUUGCCGUUAAAAGAUCAAAACUUGUGGAUGAAGACAAAAUGGAAGAGUUUAUCAAUGAGGUCGUUCUUCUCUCACAAAUGAAUCACCGCAACAUAGUGAAACUCUUGGGGUGUUGCUUGGAGACGGAAGUUCCAAUCUUAGUGUACGAAUAUAUUCCCAAUGGAGAUUUGUUCAAACGGCUUCAUGAUGAUUCAGAUGAUUACACGAUGACUUGGGAAGUGCGGCUUCGCAUAGCCAUAGAGAUAGCAGGAGCACUUACAUACAUGCACUCAGCUGCAUCUUUCCCAAUAUUCCACAGAGAUAUCAAGACUACUAAUAUACUAUUGGAUGAGAAAUACAGAGCAAAAGUGUCUGAUUUCGGAACUUCAAGAUCCAUAACUAUCGAUCAAACUCACUUGACAACAUUAGUUGCAGGAACUUUCGGGUACAUGGAUCCGGAGUACUUCAUGUCGAGCCAAUACACUCAUAAAAGCGAUGUUUAUAGUUUUGGGGUUGUGUUGGUGGAGCUCAUAACGGGAGAAAAACCAAUGUCACGUGUCCGGUCUGAAGAAGGCAGAGGUUUGGCUACUGAUUUCCUCGAGGCAAUGAAAGAGAAUAGAGCUGUUGACAUCAUUGAUAUUCGGAUCAAAGAAGAAAGGAAGCUUGAUCAAGUAAUGGCGGUAGCAAAACUCGCCAGAAAAUGUCUUAACCGGAAAGGGAAGAAGCGGCCAGACAUGAGAGAGGUUUCAAUCGAGCUAGAGAGGAUCCGUUCAUCACCCGAAGAGUUAGAUCUCCACACUGAAGACGAAGACGAAGAGGGGGAUCAAGUCAUGUAAUGAUGUAAAUCAACAGAAAAGAUUAUUUAAAACCACGGUUGUAAGACUUUGCUGGAACAUAUAUGUGUGCAAUGCGUUUGCUAGUAGAAGUACUUAUAAAGCAUGUUAAUAAGUAAUAGAACCUGUAAAACAAACAACUAUUUUCUCGGGUUUCCAA